AUGGCCACAAAGUUACCGAACGAAACCUUACAACAUAUUUUUAAUUUUGUCGAUGAUGCCAAAACCUUAUAUUCAAUUAUUCAAGUAAAUCGCGCUUGGUGUCAAAAUGGAAUUAAAUUUUUAUGGAAAGAUCCCUUUCGGAAUGAUAUUAAAUUGAAAAAUCAUAUAAAGAUCCUUCCUACUUUACUUUCUUUUAUAAAUUAUGAUUAUAUUUUAAUUGAAAACGAGAAUUUAUCAACAAAAAAGGAAGAAAUUCAAUCGUUAUCAGAACCCUUCUCUUUUAAUUACCCACGAUUGAUUACUCAUUUGGAUUUUCAUCAUUUAAGUAGGAUAGUUUUAAAAUCUUUAAAGAAAAGCCAAUGCUUUGGACGUUCUAAUGAACAAGAUUCAAGAGUUAGACCAUAUUUAAUAUUUCUCUCACUUAUAUUUGAAGCGAUAUUGAUCUUUAACUUUGAACGUUGUCUUUCAAUGGUUUUAAAUAUUCCUGCGUCCAAACAAUCCCUUGAAAAUUUACAAUAUUUGGAAAUUGGUUCGAAUAUUUUAAAGCUGUCCGUUUUAGAAAAUUUAUCAAAAUUAUGCAAAAAAUUGAGAACGAUUCAAAUUCGAGAGGACAAUUUUGACGCCAUUCAACAAUAUUUAAUAUCCCUGAUUCGCAAUCAAUAUUAUCUCGAAAAUUUGAUAAUAUUUGGGAAUGGAGUUGCCGUAGGUUCUAAUUAUGAUGCGACCAUUUCCAACAUCCUCUUGACGGUGCAAGACGUUGCUCACUCGUUAAAGAAGCUUGAAAUCGCUGAUGUGUUUAUGAGAGAUAAAGAAGCAUUAAAAGCUUUAAUUCAAUGUAAAAAUAUAUCAACUUUGCAUUUUGAGAAUUCAUUUAUUUCACCCGAGAAUUUUCAAUGGAUUGCACUUGCGGAAUUACCAAGAUUACAAAGUUUGAAAUUUACGAGAAAUUGGACAGAGGAAACCAAUGAAAAUCCGAUGGCAAAAAUCUUCCUUGAUAAAAGGAAAUCAUUUGGUUUAAAAGAACUUUUCCUCAACAAUUCUAAGAUAGAAAAUUUCGGACUGUUAGGUCUCGUUAGUUCCAAUUGUCGGAACCUUGUCAGCCUUUCCGUGCUCGUAAAAUCAAAUGAAGAUAUCUCGAACAUUUCCUCAUUUUUAAAAGAUACGUCAACCCUGGAAAAACUCGAGUUAUCAACGUCCGGUCCGCAUACAUAUGAUUUUAACACGGAAACUAUAAUUGAAAUGGCAAAGAUUUUGCCCAAACAAAUAUACCAUGUUAACCUUUUAAAGGUUAUAGAUAGUUUGGUGGAGUGCGAAAAAUUUUUGGAACAUUGUUCGGCAGAUCUCAACCAUUUUUACGUCGAAUUUUCACAAUAUUAUUUUUUUAAAGUAGAUAGACAUAUAGAAUUUGUGAAAAAUUGGUCGACGAAAAAUGGAAAGGAGAUCAAAAUUUUAAACAUUACAUGGUAUAACAUUAACUUAGAAUGGUGGAGAUAA